CGAGUAUAUAAGCGUGCUCGUAGAAAACGAAGCGGUUCAGUCAGUGGUUAAACGCCACGCUAAAACACACGUAAGCCGCAGGAUGAAAACGAAGAUGGAAAUAGCGCUAGUAGCGCUAUUGGCGUUGUCGCAGUGCGUCCGAGCCGAGGAUGAGAAGUCAUCAGUUUCGAAGAGCAUAGAAACGGAUGAGGUGGGCGAAGCAGUGGAGAAAAAGACGGAAAAGCGGGGUCUCCAUCACAGUUACGGUCACUACGGAGGCGGGGGCGACGGGGGCGGUGGUUCUUCGUACGGUCACGAGGAGCACGUGAAGACGAUAACGGUGGAGAAGAAGGUGCCGGUGCCGUACGAGGUGACGAAGCACGUACCGUAUCUCGUGGAGAAGCAUGUGCCGUACGAGGUCAAGGUCGGAGUACCGCAGCCGUACACGGUGGAAAAGCACGUUCCUUACCCGGUAAAGGUAUUCGUAAAAGUACCAGUUCACGUGCCGCAGCCGUACACGGUAGAGAAGAAGGUGCCUUACGAGGUCAAAGUACCAGUGGACAAGCCCUACGAGGUCAAGGUUUACGUGCCGCAGCCUUACACCGUAGAGAAACACGUGCCAGUACCGGUUAAAGUCCCCGUACCGCAGCCUUACACCGUUGAGAAACACGUGCCGUAUCCUGUCAAGGUCAAAGUCCCAGUGCCCCAACCGUACACCGUGGAAAAGCCGGUACCCUACGAAGUCAAAGUCCCGGUCGACCGUCCCUACCACGUUUCGGUGCCGAAGCCUUACCCCGUAACCGUGGAGAAGCCCUACCCGGUACCGGUCGACAAACCGGUCCCGUACGAGGUCAAAGUUCCCGUUGACAAACCCUACCCGGUUCACGUUGAAAAGCCCUACCCCGUACCCGUCAAAGUCCCCGUGCCCGCUCCCUACCACGUCCACAAACACGUUCCGGUACCAGUGGAGAAACCGUACCCGGUACCGGUUAAAGUACCCGUCGACAAGCCCUACGUCGUCGAAAAGGAAGUUCCCUAUCCCGUCGAGAAGGAAGUUCCUUAUCCCGUCAAGGUCCCCGUCCCUGUCCCCGUCCACGUACACCACGAGGAACAUCACGGGGACUACGGCGGCAGCAGCCACGGGGGCAGCGGUUAUGGUGGUGAAUCCGGGGGAUUCGAACCUUCCUAUGGAUACGGAGGUGACUCCGGUGGCUACGAACACCACGGCUGAUUCUUCUCGUAGUAGUUUUCGCAUUUACUUUUUUUAUUAUUAAUUAACGUUUCUCGUACCCUUAAUACUUCGUAACUUCGAUAUGAUUUUCAUCUUUCGAUCUCUUACACGGGCUCGUGCAAUCCCCUUUUUUUCCUUCGUCUACUUCCCAAAUUCUUUCUCUACUUUACUCUAGUUCGGGGUUUCAUAUCUCAGCUUUUCUUCCCGUCGCGUCGGAGCCUCGACACUAAAUGUGAUAAAUCGUUUCGCCGGUACUCAAAUGCUUUACGUCCAUCCGUACGAACAAUGCGCAUGUUUUUUCUCGUCAAUGUAUAUACCGAUCGGGAUCCAGCAGAGCUCUUCCGGUCUCACGAGAGCGACGGAAACGUUUCGCUGCCAACGAUUAUCCGGCCGUUCCGCUGUCAAACGUCCAACGAUGUAGCUUCCUGGUUUCCUUUUUCUACUGCGCUCUUUACCACUAACGAUGAAUCUUCACUGGGCGUGUACAACGAAGAUUGUAUGAAGAAAUCGACUCGUCGUGUGUUCCGUUGUAAAAUACACGACGUCAUAUAUUUUUGUAUCAAAGAAUCUGUAAUAAAACAUACGAAUCUUUAAAAA